AUGGAGAAUCAGAGGCUUGGUGUAGAGCACUUCAAUGGAGCUGCAGAGGUGGCUGCCAAGCACCUGACCGGGAAGGAGGCUGUGCCGCAGCUGGCGGCGCUGGGGGGCUCCGCGGCGGGCCGGGGCCAGCCCAAGCCGUGCGAGCUGCUGCAGCUGUCCCGGCGGCAGCGCCGGCUGUGCCGCCGGGAGCCGGGGCUGGCCGAGACGCUGCGCGACGCCGUGCGCCUGGGCACCCUCGAGUGCCAGGCCCAGUUCCGCAGCGAGCGCUGGAACUGCAGCCUGGAGGGCCGUGCCAGCCUGCUGAAGAGAGGCUUCAAGGAGACAGCCUUCCUGUACGCCGUGUCCGCCGCCGCGCUGGCGCACGCGCUGGCCAGGGCCUGCAGCGCGGGGCGCAUGGAGCGCUGCACCUGCGACCAGUCCCCGGGGCUGGAGAGCCGCCAGGCCUGGCAGUGGGGAGUCUGUGGGGACAACCUCAGGUACAGCACCAGGUUCCUGAAGAAGUUCCUGGGGCAGAAGAGGGUCGGCAAAGACCUGAGAGCCAAGGUGGACAUCCACAACACCAACGUCGGCAUCAGGGCCGUGAAGAAUGGCCUCAGAACCACCUGCAAGUGCCACGGCGUCUCCGGCUCCUGCGCCGUCCGCACCUGCUGGAAGCAGCUCUCUCCCUUCCCGGAGGUCGGCCGCCUGCUGAAGCUGCGCUACGACGAUGCCGUCAAGGUCUUCAGCAGCACCAACGACGCCGUGGGGCACUCGGAGCUGGCCGCCCCCCCGCGGCACAGCCUCUCCCCGAAGCACCCUGCGCCCCCCCGCGCCACCGACCUGGUCUACGUGGAGGACUCCCCCAGCUUCUGCCGGCCCAGCAAGUACUCGCAGGGCACCGCGGGCAGGACCUGCUCCCGGGAGGGCAGCUGUGACAGCAUGUGCUGCGGCAGGGGCUACAACACCCAGAGCAGGCUGGUCACCUUCUCCUGCCGCUGCCAGGUGCAGUGGUGCUGCUACGUGGAGUGCCAGCAGUGCAUGCAGGAGGAGGUGGUCUACAGCUGCAAGCAGUAG